UUAGGAAUAGGCUUUCCCAAGAGUAACAUGCCAACACCCCACGGAGAGUGUAUAUAAACGCCCCAGAGAGGCCAUGAGAAUCCAGAACCUGAGCUCUCGGCUAAGCUGCCAACUUCCUCUGCUAGCAUCAUGGCCACCCAGCUCUGCUCCCCGAUCUUCUCCUCUGGGUCUGUCAGGGGUCUCUGUGGCACAGCAGGUGGCAUCUCUCGGGUGUCCUCUGUCCGCUCUGUGGGCUCCUGCAGGGUCCCCGGUCUGGCUGGUGUCUCGGGGUCAGCCUCUUCCGUCAGGCUGGGCCUCUCUGGCUUUGGGAGCUGCUUGCCAAGUUCCUAUCUGUCCUCUGGGUACCACUCCUCUGGCUUUGCUGGGAGCGGGGGCUGGUUCUGCGAGGGCUCCUUCAAUGGCAACGAGAAGGAGACCAUGCAGUUCCUGAACGACCGCCUGGCCAACUACCUGGAGAAGGUGCGGCAGCUGGAGCGGGACAAUGCGGAGCUGGAGAGCCGCAUCCGGGAGUGGUACGAGGCUCAGAUCCCGUACAUCUGCCCGGACUACCAGUCCUACUUCAAGACCAUUGAGGAGCUCCAGCAGAAGAUCCUGCUGACUAAGGCUGAGAACUCCAGGCUGGUCCUGCAAAUUGACAACGCCAAGUUGGCGGCUGACGACUUCCGAACCAAGUACGAGACGGAGCUGGGCAUGCGGCAGCUGGUGGAGGCUGACACCAACAGCCUGCGCAGAACCCUGGAUGAGCUCACCCUGUGCAAGGCUGACCUGGAGAUGCAGGUGGAGUCCUUGAAGGAGGAGCUGAUAUGCCUCAAGAAGAACCACGAGGAGGAAGUCAACACACUUCGAUGCCAACUUGGGGACCGGUUGAAUGUGGAGGUGGAUGCUGCCCCACCAGUGGAUCUCAACAAGAUCCUGGAUGAGAUGAGAUGCCAGUAUGAGGCCCUGGUGGAGAAUAACCGUAGAGACGUGGAGGCCUGGUUCAACACCCAGACUGAGGAGCUGAACCAGCAGGUGGUGUCCAGCUCGGAGCAGCUGCAGUGCUGCCAGACAGAGCUCAUCGAGCUGAGACGCAAUGUCAACGCCCUGGAGAUCGAGCUGCAGGCCCAGCACAGCAUGCGGAAUUCUCUGGAAUCCACCCUGGCAGAGACAGAGGCCCGCUACAGCUCCCAGCUGGCCCAGAUGCAGUGCCUGAUCACCAACGUGGAGUCCCAGCUGGCCGAGAUCCGCUGUGACCUGGAGCGGCAGAACCAGGAGUACCAGGUGCUGCUGGACGUCAAGGCCCGCCUGGAGUCGGAGAUCGCCACCUACCGCCGCCUGCUGGAGGGAGAAGACUGCAGGCUGCCUGCCCACCCUUGUGCCGCGGAGUGCAAGCCUGCCAUUAGAGUUCCUCAUGUCUCAAGCGUGCCCUGUGCCCCGACUGUGCCCUGCGCCCCAGCUGCCCAGCUCAGCACCCAGAUCCGUACCAUCACGGAGGAGAUCAGAGAUGGGAAAGUCAUUUCCUCCAGGGAGCGUGUGCAGCCGCUGUAAACAGCCGCCUGGCCCAAAGGGGCAGGCCCUGGCCCACAGGAAGGAGGACACGCCUGUGGCUCCUGGCUCUUCACAACCCCCUCUACCCUAGAGGGACCCCCCCCCCCAACCCACAGUCCCUGGCUCAGCAGAUUUUUCUACCAAAAUACUUCUUAGAUUGUGUGUUUCUGGACUUAACCGCUUUUACGCCACAUAAAACUAGGUUUCCCUGGAAAUUUACCCAAUAAAGUGUGUUCUCUUGGCAUAG